CCUCGGGUCCCGUUUUCUGCGGGCUUCGUUCGCGGGAGGCCGGGCUGGGCCUGGCCGGGGUCGGAGGUCACCCAUCCCUGCCCACUUUGGGGAGGGGAGCUCCCUCUCGCUGUUCCUCGCCGAGAUGGAGAGACCGAGGCCGCCCCGGGGUCCGUUGUCCACCCCACUGCCGCCCAGCUAAGUGCUCGCUCCGGUUGGUCAUCCGUCCGUCCGUCCGUCCGUCCGGAGGCCAAGCGCCCGGCCGCCACAGUACCCGCAUCUGGUCUAUGGAGACCACGGCCCGGGGGCGCUCCCAGGGCCCCCCCAGCUGAGCCCAGGCGGGCAUGGGCACCCUGGGCAGCAACCAGACCUGUGUCACCGACGACUCCUUCAAGUACCCCCUGAAUGGGGUGGUGUACAGUGUGGUCUUUGUCCUGGGUCUCGUCACCAACUGCGCCUCGCUCUUCGUCUUCUGCCGCCGCAUGAGUGCCCGCAGCGAGGCCACCAUCUUCAUGACCAACCUGGCCAUGUCCGACCUGCUCUUCGUCUGCACGCUGCCUUUCAAGAUCUUCUACAACCUGAACCGCCACUGGCCUUUCGGCGACCCGCUGUGCAAGGUGUCGGGCACGGUCUUCCUGACCAACAUCUACGGCAGCAUGCUCUUCCUCACCUGCAUCAGCGUAGACCGCUUCCUAGCCAUUGGCCAUCCCUUCCGUUCCCGCACCCUGCGCACACGCCGGAACUGCGCCCUGGUAUGCGUGGCCGUAUGGGUCCUGGUUCUCGGUGGCGGCAUCUCCGCCUCUUUCUUCUCCACAACUAACGUCUCCAACGCCACCACCACCUGCUUCGAAGGCUUCUCCCAGCUCACCUGGAAAACCUACCUAGCCAAGAUCACCAUCUUCAUCGAGGUGGUCGGCUUCCUCAUCCCACUGCUGCUCAACCUGACCUGCGCCUCACUGGUGCUGCGGACUCUGCGCAAGCCGGCCACCCUGGCCCAGAUCGGCACCAACAAGGAGAAGGUCCUCAAGAUGAUCGCCGUGCAUGUGGCCGUCUUCGUGGUCUGCUUCGUGCCCUACAACUCCACCCUCUUCCUGUAUGCUCUGGUGCGCUCCCGGGCUGUCACGAGCUGCACGCUUGAGCGCUUUGCCAGGACCAUGUAUCCCAUCACUCUCUGCGUCGCCACCCUCAACUGCUGCUUCGACCCCUUCAUCUACUACUUCACCUCUGAGGCCUUCCAGAAGGCCUUGGCCGUCCACCCGCCCAUCCGGCUGGUGACCCUCUUCCGGGGUGGUGCUCCGCUCUCGACCAAGGCCGUCCUGCCCGCCCUGGCCGAGGACCUGAGCGACCCGCCUGGGACCGAUGGCAGGGAGCUGAUGUCCGAAUCCCGCUUGUAACAGUGUUUCCUGGGCCUCCCAGUUUGGAGAGGGUAUCUCCCACAGCCCCUGGGGAGGGUGGAUAAGUGAAACCCUCCAUGCCCAUGGACACGGUCGUUCUGGGACGUAGUGCCUCCUGCCGGGUAGCCGAGGGCCCAGGGGCUCUGAUUCCCCUCCUCCUCCAGUCAGUAUUAUUGACUGAUCGGCUGCUGAGUGCAGAGUGCUGAACUAAGCAUCUGGGAGAGGGGAGCUUUUGCCCUCAAGGAGCUUACCGUCUGAUCAAUCCAAUCAACAGUACUUUCUGGGUGCCAGUGUGCCCAAAGCACUGUAUUGAGAGAUUGGAAGAGCUUGACAGAAGUGGAAGACAAGAUCCCUGCCUUCCAGGAGCUUACUGUCUCAUAAAUCAGUAGUACUGAUCCAGCACCUGCUGGGAGCAGAGCACUGUACUAAGCACUUGGGAGACCACAGUAGAGUUAUUAGACACACUUCCUACCCUCGAGGAACUUCUAGUCCAGCUGAAGAGAUAGAUACUGAAAUAGGUUAUAGAUUGGAGCUCUCCAAGAGGAAGGGUAUGAUUUGGGAUGCUAAGUUAGUGAUGAUAUUUAGUCAGCCCAACUAGGGUAGACACAAUAGAAAGAACACUGGACUCAGGCCAUACACACACACACAAACAUCCCUCACUGAAUGGGGAGGGUGGAAGGGGUCUUCUCUCCAUAAGGAAGGGAGGAAACAGGUCCAGAGAGGGCAGGUUACUGACUCAAGGUCACACAGCAGGCCAGGGGCAGAGUAGAGACUAGAACCCAGUCUCUCAGCCCUCAACCUCUGGCUUUGUCCUCUGAACCCCACCAUAUGAGCACACACACACAUAUUUGAAUAGAUAGAGAGAGCCCAAAGCCACUAAGGGUCAGCUUAGCCAAUCUGAGUCAUUGGUGGUUGGGGCCCUACUCGGAGGCUCCUCACGAUUUUAUCUUGAAAUACAUUUAACCUCCUAAUACUCCAUUAACCCUCACGGUGGCUCAGCCACGCGCCCUGAAGCCCCAGAGCCCUCCAAUUGGAGCUCUGCCAUAUACUGUCCUUGAGCAAUUUUCUAAUCGCCUUUCUGGGGGACGGUUGCCCCGGCAACGAUCAGCAUCUUCUCACUGGAGGGACCUCAUGCCCCCUCCCCUCCCCCCCUACUUCCAAGAAGAGGCACAAUCGCUGUCGGAUUGGCCCUAGACAACCCCCAUACAUCAGAUUACCCUGUGUCCCCUGCAGCACACGCUAAAUUUGGAAAUGUUUCCAUUUCCUGGUUACCCCUGGGAGCUGCUUAUUUUGCCACUAACUUAUGAUCUUUUUUUACAUUUCUUAUAGAUUUCUGUAAUUAUAUGUUAUAUCUACGAGCUCUAGGUGCAGCUCUGCAAUUUUAUCACGCAAGGCAUUCGGUUUCAAAUACUUUAGCCUUCUAGAAGAUGAGUCAACCAAGUGUAAACUCAGUUAACAGCGGUUCAUGGGAUUCCUCUGCUCAGCUGGGGACUAAAUCGUUUCCGUUGUUUUCCUGGAGUGAGGAAAGAAUUCAGAGUUUAAGUGGGUAAUGAAUAUCUUCCCCAAUUACAAGGGACUCGAUUAUUGCUAGUCAAAUUGGGAUCCUAAUUCUCAUUGGGAAAGUGACUACCCUUUAGCUCUACUUUUGAAGCGGACUUGGAUUUAAAGUGCUCAUUCAGUGGAAUAAAAUACGUUUGGAUUACCAUA